AUGCGCGAACGCGGCGCCGGCGUGGGGCGGGGCCUGCUGCCCGCGCGCCUGCGCUCCAGCGCCGCGCCGAGCGCCGGUGCGCGCCGCCGUUCGCCGCACGUGGCUGUGCUCCCGGCGCCGAGCGCCCUGGAGCCGCCGGUCUCGGUCGCGGAGGCGGUGUCUUCCCUGACCAUCGCCGACGCGUUCACCGCGGCCGGCGAGAGCCCCGCCCCGCCCCCGCCGUCCCCCGCGCUCCCCAGGACUUUCAUCUGCUCCUUCCCCGACUGCAGCGCCAGUUACAACAAGGCCUGGAAGCUAGACGCGCAUCUGUGCAAGCACACGGGGGAGAGACCAUUUGUCUGUGAGCAUGAAGGGUGUGGCAAAGCCUUCGUCAGGGACUACCAUCUGAGCCGCCACGUCCUGAUUCACACUGGAGAAAAGCCGUUUAUUUGUGCAGCUAGUGGCUGUGAUCAAAAAUUCAACACAAAAUCAAACUUGAGGAAACAUUUUGAGCGCAAACAUGAAAAUCAGCAGAAGCAAUAUGUAUGCAGUUUUGAAGCUUGUGAGAAGACCUUUAAGAAACAUCAGCAGCUGAAAAUCCAUCAGUGCCAGCAUACCAACGAACCACUGUUCAAGUGUACCCACGAAGGAUGUGGAAAGCACUUUGCAUCACCCAGUGGGCUGAAACGGCAUGGGAAGGUCCACGAGGGUUAUAUAUGUCAAAAAGAAUGUUCCUUUGUGGCAAAGACAUGGACAGAGCUUCUGAAACAUGUCAGAGAAGCCCAUAAAGAGGAAAUAACAUGUGAAGUGUGCCAGAAAACAUUUAAACGCAAAGACUAUCUGAAGCAACAUAUGAAAACUCAUGCCCCAGAAAGGGAUGUAUGUCGAUGUCCAAGAGAAGGCUGUGAUAGAACCUACACAACUGUGUUUAAUCUCCAGAGCCACAUUCUCUCUUUUCACGAGGAAAGGCGCCCAUUUCUGUGUGAACAUGCUGGCUGUGGCAAAACAUUCGCAAUGAAGCAAAGUCUCACUAGGCAUGCUGUUGUGCACGACCCUGACAAGAAGAAAAUGAAGCUCAAAGUAAAACCUUCUCGUGAAAAGCGGAGUUUGGCCUCUCAUCUCAGUGGAUAUAUCCCUCCUAAAAAGAAACAAGAACAAGGCUUAUCUUUGCCUAAAAACAGAGAGUCACAGAGCUGUACUGAAGACAAGGUGCUCUCCACAGUUGCAAUACUUACCCUCAGCUGAGGAUCAGGUUGCUUUGUUUAAAGGACUACAGACCAGCCAGCUCAUUUUUUUCUUUAUUAAAAUCAUGGAUGCGGAACAUCUAA